AUGGUUCCUCCAGUUUUGCUCACUGUCAAUUUCCAGCAUUUAGGAAGCUCCAACUUCCAUCACGAGUCGUUGGCCCUGAAUCUGUUGCUUUCGAUAAAAAAAAAAAAAGGCGAUGUGCCUUACACUGCUGUGGCAGAUGGCAGAAUAGUCAAAUAUGAAGUUGAUGCAUAUUAUGGAAUUUUGGUGGUUGGACCAACUGGAGGACUUGCUACACAACUUGUUACUAGCUUUGAGGGUACUCGUUUUGGCUUUCUCGAUGCACUAAACAUUGACCAAAAAACCGGAGUCAUUUAUUUUGUAGAUGCAGGAGCAAUAUUCCGGAUUGGCGACAGGACAACAAUAGUUGAAAGCAGAGAUACAUCAGGGAGAUUGUUCAAGUAUGAUAUAAGAACAAACCAAGUCACAUUAUUGCUAACUGGACUUUCAGGGCCAGUAGGGUUGUCACUCAGCAAGGAUAGUUCAUAUGUCUUGAUCAUAGAAUAUAUUGCUCAAAGAAUUCGGAGGUUUUGGCUCAAAGGUCCAAAAGAAAAUUCAUCCGAUGUUUUCAGAAAGUUUGAAGGAAUUCCAGAUAACAUAAGGAGGACUGUGUUGGGGGACUUUUGGGAGGCUAUUGCCAACACGAAACAAAAUAUCACAUAUUCGAUAGGACAAAGGAUCAAUCAGUUGGGAAAGGUUGUGGAAACCCGUCAUUCACAGCUCAAUGUAAUGAUACUCCUCUUGGGAUUACUUUAG